UGUGGUAGUGCAUAUGCAAUGCAAUCAAAGUUGCAAUCAUUGAUAGUUGUGAGAUACCUUAGCCGAGCUGCUCUCUUACUUGACCAAGUUAGAGGACUAGUGAACUAUACGAAGGGCGGGCAUUAUACUAAAGUGGUCACUGUGAGCAGUUGGCAUCGUUCUAUUGCCUAACACAUUCCACGACAAAUUGGCCACCAUCGAAUAUGGCCAUUGCAAAGAAUCACUGUCUGCUAGUAUUAGGACUCCUAACUCUACUCUCAACUCUGCACGCUCAGCAAAUCAUUUUAACUGAGCCGCCUCCAUCCUUCCAAUGUUUAGACAUCACCUCCAUCUCCAUUUGCUCGCAGAUCAACUACACGAUGGGCUCCUUCCCAAACUGGCGUGAUCAAACUCGACUAAGUGAAGCCGAUACAGAACUCAACAAUUACUUGCCCGUUAUACGAACUGGAUGCUCGCAAACAAUCGUCCAUCUGUUGUGUACCAUCUACGCUCCCUUCUGCCAACCAGACUUGCCCCAUAUUAGACUACCUCCGUGCAAAGAGAUCUGUCUAGAUGCAAGGAGAGGAUGUGAACCAGUAUUCCAAAGAUUCAACCAUCAAUGGCCGCCGGCUCUUGAUUGCGAUCGUUACCCUAGUCGUGAAGAAACUCGUCUUUCCUUCUGUUACACAGAUGACAUCUCUGAAAUUGUUAUCCCUUCGAACAUUAUGAUUGAUCCAACGUCAGCACCUCCAGUAACCGGGUCAACACCACCAUCCUCUACUGUUGUCACAGGACCCACUGUCCAGCCAUUGACGUGCCCUAUCGAACAACGUGUCUUUGGCAACCUCGUGAAUACGAGCUACAGUUUUGGCGGUGUUGACAAUUGUGCCACACCUUGUGAGGGGACAUAUUUCAAAGAGAAUGAACGGAAAAUGGUUGCACCGGCUUUCAUACUUGUCGCUGCCAUAAUUUGUGUGCUGUUCACACUUUUUACAGUCGCAACUUUUCUCAUUGAUCGCCAUCGUUUCCACUACCCUGAACGACCAAUCAUCUAUCUCUCUUUUUGUUAUCUCGUUAUUUCCAUCUCAUACAUUGUCGGCGCCAUCUCAAGAGUUAUCGGAGACAACAACGACUCAUUCGCUUGUUCAGACAACCAAAUUCUCGAUGAAUUUCCGACCGGCAAGUCGUACGUGUUUCAAAAUCUACCUAAUUCUGACACGACCUACAAAAGUGCCAGUUGUGUUAUACUCUUUGUUCUGGUGUAUUUCUUUCAAAUGGCCUCGGCUAUAUGGUGGGUGAUUCUCACACUCACUUGGUUUUUGGCCGCUGCUCUGAAGUGGGGAGAAGAAGCUGUGGAGAGGCUGUGGCUCCUAUACCACGUCAUCGCCUGGAGCAUUCCCGCUAUUCAAGUUAUCCUCGUGUUGGCACUUCGUUUGGUAGACGGUGACCAGCUAGCCGGAUUAUGUUACGUUGGAAACACCAACUCAGUUGGCCUCGGUGUUUUCGUCUUCUUGCCUCUAACUAUUUACUUGGUCCUCGGUAUCGUGUUUUUGGUAAUUGGUUUCGCAGCUCUUGUGAACAUCAGCCGGGAAGUGCAAAACGAUCGUCAAAAAUCGCGAAAGAUUGGUCGCCUUAUUAUGCGUAUUGGAAUCUACUCUCUCCUGUACACUAUUCCGAAUGUAAUUCUUCUCAUUCUGUACGUGUAUCAGCUGGCUAAAUCACAGGACUGGGAGGAGUCUCACAUUCGUUGCCCUAAAAACAGCGACAACCCGUCACCGUUUUGCGAGGUUGCCUCGUAUCCAUCGUUUGCCGGCUUUCUCAUUCGUUACAUCAUGUUGUUCACGAUCGGUAUUUGCUCCACCAGUUGGGUGCUGUCUUCGAAGACGUUUGCAGCUUGGCAUCGAUUCUUUUGCAGCUGUGGUUGCAACCCAGGCCCUAGUGUGACUGCUAUCCCCAACGCAACGUACAUCUUACCACCUGACAAGAAACAUGGUGACUUGAGUAUGCCCAGUAUGCAUCCACAAACAUCUGUGUGAACUAAACUGUUCUAAAGUACCGGGAACUGACUAUCUAAUUAUACAUAUCAUCAAAUAAUUAUUAUUAUCAUUGAACAACUUCAAUUUUUUUCCUUUGUAAAAGUAGGCCUAGCAAUGCACUUGAUACACUGUGUACACAUUACGCUCUCUCCAUUCUCUUUUAAUGUGUGUCUAGUAUUUCUGUUUAGUUUUUCCGUAGAUUUCACUGUGUUGUGUGUGUGUGUGUGUGUGUGUGUGUGUGUGUUCUGUUUUUAUAAAUACUAUUAUUGUUACAAUAAUGCCACUCAGUUCACCUGAAUGUCAGGUAUAUCUGUUACUACGUAUUGUUCUUUCAUUACAUACAAUUAUUUCAUGCUUUGAGAA